AUGAACGACGUGCCUGAACAAUUCAGUUUGCACAGCAUUGAUCUAUUCAACAAUAUUACACAAGGUAUAGCCAACGAGAUUCAAGACGCUGGAAUUAAGCAAGUCGGCUAUGCGCUCUUCUACGCUUUCACGCCCGUGGCUGCAAGUGAUAAUCGAACUCUUUCCAAGGAAUCAGAGGAGUUGGCUGAUAUCAACGGGAAAAUCUUUGACAACUGCUCAGAAGGACUCUAUCUCACAGGACUGCGAACAAAACGUAUUCUCCUUCAAACAGGAUGCAAAGGCUAUGGCUAG